AUGCUUGCGUGGACAACCCGAGUGCGUCGCCGAGCGAACGGUGAUAAUACAAUGGUGAUGAGGUUUGCUGAACGUCGCGGCUUUCAGCCGUCCUUCCUGCAAAUUACAUUUUGCAUGUGCUUCUGCUGCUGUUUAGGCGUUGCACUGGCAACCAUGCUGCUUGCUUUGGAGCUUUUCCUGGGAAGCUCCGGUGAAGACCCCGUGAAGACAACAACACGUGGAGGUGACACAAGUUAUCAGGAGGUUGCGACAUGGACAGGAGUGGGUGGCGGGGGCAACGAGCGCUGGGUUAUGACGAGUAGAGCAACGUCUUUGCCGUGUCCCGGUUUUCAAGAGCAACCCUCUCCAGCAGCGUAUUAUUGUGCCAAUGGAGCCGCAAGCCGCGCUCCGCUCUCUUCACUGCGGAAUAAAUCCCUUUUAGAUCCCGUGAAAAGACAAACAAAAACCCAUGUAGGCGCAACUCCUGCUCAGUGCUAUGCGCCGAAUGGAGUUCCUGUGGCGCGACCCCUCUGGGCAACUUCCCUAUUGCAGUUGUUGUUGUCCGAUGGUGCCUACGACGCGGUGACAUCGUUACUACACCAAAAUCGCUGGUAUCUGUUGAUUGGAUGGGUGUCUGAUAGAUUUAUGCCGCCACAGAAACCGGGUCGAAGGGCAAAUGGGGACCCCAUGUUUUCACAGACUAGAGGAAAGAAUGCGAGUUACUACUUGGAAACCUACGGAAGUAUGUGGCACGCCAAGGUGGAGGUAGGAAAGUGGCGCUUUCAUUUUCAAUUGGUUCAUCGAAACGCGAUUGCAGUCUGUGUGCGUGAACGAAUUCAUUUGUACAAGUAUUAUUGCCUUUCCGAUUCGAACGUAGAUGCGCUUCCAAUUCAUGUGUGUGCAUGCCGUCAUUGCGUCAUUCCCACAGAUGACUCUCAGCACAAAAUACCAACCACCUUUUAUGGCCGGCUUCCAUUACGGAAAGAAUCCUUACUGGUGGAGAUAUCAAAGUUAGCUCCUUCCCAUCUCUUCUUGGGGAAUAGAGCGCCCCAUACUCCGUUACAUGAGGAAGAGGAUGCAUGUAUUGAUGCAUUUUCGGCUCCAUGGUUGAUUAAUACCUCGGUUGUUGCGUCCUUUCCCUACGAGGGAAGGCACAAUGACCUAGACGGUUUGCUAAAAAUUCAGUCAGACCAAAGUGGGUUUGUCACCGUUGUGGUCUUUAACAUAUUUUGGCGCGAUCAUUUACAUAACUUUGUGUACAGUUUUACGAGGAAGGCCAAGAUGCGCAAUCUGAUUGUUGCUACCACGGAUGAUGCAGCACUGUCGCUGUGUUUGUCCUUUCGUUUGCCAUGCCUGAACGCACACAUAUUUGCUGAACCGGAUAACGAGGAAAAAACGGUUGGAAAUGCCACGUCACGACGAAGGGGAUUUACACGUAAAGUCACUGAAGAAUUCUCUUGGGUGAAACCACGAUUGGCCAUUGCCAUCCUUCGCCGUGGAUACACUUUUAUGCUUGCGGAUCUUGACAUCACAUGGAAUCGCUCUCCCAUGCCUUACUUGCAGCUGAGUGAUCUGGAUUUUCUGCAUCAAUGUGACAACAAGUCCCCGCUGAGCAUCAACUCGGGACUUUACAUGGUACGCCCAAACGAACGCAUUCUACGCUAUUUUCAGGAUACAAUGUCCUUUCGCACCGAUGAGAGCUCAGAUCAAAACGCAAUGAGGCUUUUUAUGAAGUAUGAUCAUAUCCAUGGUGUUUCACAUCGGUGUUUGCCACGCUGGGAGUUCAACAUGAAAUGCAACUACAAGGUUGAGCGCUCACGUCGGCUGGAGAACGGGCUGGAAACUUUUCUUUGGAAUCCAUACCCAGUCAAUGAGACCCCAAAAUGGGUAGCGAUGCACGCCACGUGUCUUUCUGGAGCAAAGGACAAGAUUCGGUACUUUAAAACCAUCAAGGCAUGGUUUCUUGAUGAACUGGACGCAAAAACAGGAACAACGUCCUCACCGAAGUUCUUUUGUGUUCUGUUACCACCCUCGUUGGAUGCUACAGCUCCUACAAAGAGAAUUCUACACGGCGUUGUUGGGACCACCACUCACAGCGAUGCAUACAAGGAAAUGACACCCAACCCAGCCUACCUCCGGAAACGACAUUAG